UUGUCUGGUUUAUAGGGUGGUCGAGAGUGGGGACGGAAAGGUACAGUCCCCACUCUCGACCACCCUAUAAACCAGACAAUGACAGACGCCACUCGACGAUGCUCUCUCUCGGUACGCACGACUCAGCUCUAGCGCGCGUUCCAGUUAGUAUAUAUUUCAGUGAGGCAAGUAAGCACGCAAUGUUUUCAUGAUCUUUGAACUUCUUGUAACUAUAUGCAUCUGGAUUUUGGAGUGUUGAGUUUUGGGUUCGAUGUAGGUGCAGUGUAAUAACCAAUGUCGGCGGAUUUUUAGGUCAGCUGAUCGGCAAGGACAUUUCCAGGCCCUGUAUAACACUCUCAAUGAUGGAGAUAAUCCUCUUAAGAUCCUUAAGGUAGCUGAUACUCGCUGGCUCUCUAUCUCCCAAGCAGUUACUCGCAUCGUAAAACAAUGGCUAGAGCUACGUUUGCAUUUUGAAUUGUGGAAAGGGAACGACAAAUGCUUCACAGCUGAACUUCUCUUCAACAUGUAUUCCGAUGUUCGCAACGAACUAUACUUGUUGUUUCUGCAACCUAUUCUCGAGGAAGCCCAGAAGGUGAAUAAAGUCUUCCAGACAAAUGGAAACGAUCCUGUGAAGCUUUUGAAAUCCUUGACUCUUCUUAUUCAAGGACUAGCAAAGCGAAUCGUUGUUUCUGGGCUCAAAGAAAAUUUGCUCACCGUUAACGUAAACAAUCACCUACAUCCAAAGCCUUACCUUGGCUAUACGUUUGAAGAAAAAAUGCGUCAAGCACGUUCCAGCAAACUUCUCAAUGUUGACGACGAGAUGGCCAUCAGAUUGAGAUGCAUCAGUUUUGUUGCAACUCUAGUAAGCAACUUGCAGCUGCGACUUCCAGACAACAUAGAGGUUCUUCAGAGUGUGUCUCUUCUCGCUCCAGAAAGUUGUUUACGCACAGUGAAACCGUCAGUGAUACCGCUUGCACAGCUCAUGCAAGAGCCUCCAGAAAUUAUAACCAACAUAGACUUUCAGUGGUUGAAAAUUUCUUUCGUGGAAUGGAAGAAUACAGAAAUGACUGUACCUUUCUGGGUCGAGGUCCUACAGUAUAAGGAUGCUGCUGGAGAAAAUCCCUUUGUGGAUUUGGUAAAUUUUGCCAUAAAGUGUCUAGUGCUACCUUGGUCAAAUGGAGAAAUUGAACGAGCACUCAGUCAAAUGAAAAUUGUUAAAUCACCUCACAGGAAUAGGCUCGAUGAUUCAACUUUGGUAGCAAUCCUCAUAAUUCGUGCUGGCUUUCGUAGCUUGAAUUUGUGUUGCUCUACCUACCAAUUCCCAACAUCAGUACUGGACCAAAUAGGCACUCUUGCUGCAUAUACACCCCGUACGUCUGCAUCAGAUGAAGUGAUACUUGACGAUGUUCAAAGGUCGGAACCACUUCAGCAAGAUUUAUUUACACAAGAUGAGGAUGAUCCUAUCUUGGACUCCUUUUGAUUAUUUUUUAUUUUUUCUGCGAACUACCCUAACAGCACAGUGCAUUAGCUAAACAUUGGCCCAAUACAACCAAAUAUUGGGCCAAUGU